AUGGAAAGUAUUUGUGGCAUACUUAAAUAUUGGAUGCUACUAUCUAAUCGGCACUUGGAAUUUUAUAAAAGUGCACUUCCUCAACCUUUGACUUCGAUUCAGCGUCUUUAUAUUAGUCGGCUAGUUGAGAAAUAUGGAGCUGAUUUUCAGAGAAUGAUGAUGGAUAUAAAGAUAAAUCCUAUGCAGCAUUCUGUUGCAACUUUAGAGAAAUUGUAUUUUGGUUGUUUUGACACUUUGGAUGUUGCUCGGGCCAAGGAAAACAUCAAAGAGAUUCCAUCUUUUCAAAGUAGAAAACUUCUUUUGGCAUGCUCACUUAACUUGAUGGCCUGCUACUUGAAGACGAGGCAGUAUGAUGAAUGCAUAAAAGAAGGCAUAUGCUGCUGCCGUACAGUGAAUCAAAACUAUGCAAAUAUUCUUUUGAUGCUUUUACGUCUCCGUCAGGCUUGUGAUCACCCACUUCUUGUUAAAGAAUACAAUUCUGAUCCUGUUGGAAAAGAUUCUGUUGAAAUGGCAAAAAGGCUUCCAAAAGAGAUGCUGAUAAAUCUGUUUAAUAGUUUGGAAACAACUGCCGCUAUAUGUUUUGUCUGCAAUAGGCCAGAGAAUAAGCUUGGAGAUGAUGAAACGUGGGAUAGGGCUGAAAGUGCUCUCAAGGAGGCUUUGGAUGAGUUUGGCAAGCCAUGGCAGUUGAAUGAAGGGGAUGGUGCAUUCUAUGGACCAAAGAUAGAUAUCAGUGUAUCUGAUGCAUUGAGUAGGAAAUUCCAGUGUGCAACUCUACAGCUUGACUUCCAGCUUCCUGAUCGUUUUAAGUUGGAAUUCUCAGCUGAGGAUGAAGCCAAAAUUGAGAGGCCUGUUAUGAUACACAGAGCCAUUCUAGGAUCAGUUGAACGCAUAUUUGCCAUACUUUUAGAGCACUACAAGGGUAAAUGGCCCUUCUGGCUCAGUCCUCGUCAAGCAAUUUUGUGCCCUGUUUCUGAGAAAUCACAAGCUUAUGCUCUGAAGGUACACAUCUCUAUUUCCUAA